AUGAGAAUACUUAAGAUAAUCAGUGCCGGCUUUUUUCUUCCAGGUUUGUGUGGUGUUUAUACAGAAGAAACGGUGAUAUCAGUGACUGAGGGAGAGUCUGUCACUUUAAAUACUGGUGUUACUGAACUACAUAAAGAUGAUCAGAUACUGUGGUCGUUUAUACUUAAUAGUUCAGAGACCCGUUUAGCUGUCAUCUAUAAUCAGAUGCUCUCUAUAUAUGAUGAUAAAGAGAAUAAUGAGAGAUUCAGAGGCAGACUACAGCUAGAUGAACAGACGGGAUCUCUGACCAUCACAAACAUCAACAGAUUACACUCUGGACUUUAUAAACUAACGAUCAUCAGUGGAGUGAUUAAACACAAGAGCUUUAGUACUGAAGUCUAUGGUAUUCUGCCUGUUCCUCUCAUUAUCAGAGACUCUUUACAAACUCCUUCAACAUCAUCAGGAUCAUCAGUGUCCAGAUGUUCGCUGCUGUGUUCGGCGGUGAACGUGAGUCAUGUGACUCUCUCCUGGUACAAAGGAAACAGUUUAUUGUCCAGCAUCAGUGUGUCUGAUCUCAGCAUCAGUCUCUCUCUACCUCUGGAGGUGGAAUAUCAGGAGAAAAACACCUACAGCUGUGUGAUCAACAACCCCAUCAGAAACCAGACCAGACAUCUGGACAUCAGUGAAGUCUGUGAGACAUUUGGAGACAGACUGCAGAUGGACGAUCAGACUGGAACCCUGACCAUCAGAAACAUCAGUAAUGAUCACUCUGGACUUUAUAAACUACUGAUCCUCAGCAACAGAGAAAACUCAUACAAGAGUGAAUCAUGUCACAUGAGUGAAAUCAGCAAAUCUCCUUUUCUGUUUGUGCUGAUUUCUGUGAUUCUGGUGAUCAGUGCUGUGAUGUUUCUUCUCUGCAACAAAAACAAAUCGGAUGAGAAAAUCCCUUUGGAAUACACACAGAUCAUCUACAGGCUUCAGACGGGAGAUCAGUCCCAGAAACCACAUCAGGAUGUGAACAGAUACAAUGUGACUCAAUAG